AUGAGUCACCCAACCGCUGAUUUUGGACAGGAUGCAGUGGCUAUUCGUGAGCGACAGAUAGCCGCAAUUAUCGUUUUUAUGAUAGCAUUGCCUGGCACAUUUUGCAACGCAUUGGUGGCGCUCUUCUGCCGUACUUUGCCGACGCUCAACAAUCCCUUUGGACGACUGACAGCCAGCCAAUCUACUGGAGAAAUGAUUCUUUGCGCAAUGUUUGCCUUCUAUUACGUUCCAAUGGUCUUCUUUGACAUAAACGUCAUGAAGGACAACUCUGGUUAUGCUGGUGCAAUCCUCCUGGUCUGCUAUGAUAUCGUUAUAUUCUCCCACUUGGUUAUCGCCAUCAAUCGCAUGUCCGCUGUUUUCUUCCCAUUGCAAUACACUGACCACUUCAGCGAUCGCAAUACAACUAUCCUUAUCGCUCUUAUAUGGAUAGUAUCCAUUGUGGUUCCAGUUACGUUCCACGGAAGAAGGAGCUGCGCUCUCAUCUACUUGGAUUCCUUCUACGCUUUCGCCUUCGAUCCAAAAGAGGUAAGUUGA